AACGCCAACGCCGCCGCCGCCGCCUUCCCUUCGCCUCCGCUCGCGCGCGCGCGCCGCCCCCCCUUGCUCCCCUUCAAAACAACUGAGCAGCAGCAAUAGGCCUCGGCCACGACCAACCUUUUUGCCCUUCCCGCACCGCGCAGCCGCUGCGGCCUCUCAACAACAUCAGCCCCCCCACAAGCAACCAUCGCAUCUUCUACCCUUUUAAAUCCAUCAUUGGUUGUCAUUGAUCAACAACGACGGCGGCCCACAAACAAUAGCAAAAACGCUCCGUUUGCCUUCACUCCCUUCCUUCCCGUCACUGGAUUACUGGCCGCCCGCCGCUGUUGUUGGUGCACAGCCACUUUGAUACCACCCACAGCCUCCUCACGCGAGCGACCUCUUGCCUAGUUUGGUUUGGAACAAGGCAGCGUCACACCCACCCCCGCCCCCCCACGCGCCAGCCAGCAGCCCCGACGCCGCUACUUUUCUCCUUCCCCGACCCAAGACCCUCCUACCCGUUCGAGCCCUCUGCACGUCCUCCUCGCCUACGAGCCGUGGCUUUUGUGGAUCGCGCGCUCAAGCCUGUCUGUCAUUGUUACGCCGCCCCUCGCCUAGAGUAGAGCAGCAGCACCAGCAGCAGCAGCCUCGUGCAACGGCUCCUCUGACUUUUCCGGCCAGCGGCCCCCCCGUUUUGCAUUCCUCGACCCACACACAUCCCGCCUAUCCCUUCCGCCAUGGCAGCCAUCUACACUGUUUUCACGUCUCCGCACCAUGCGCCGAUGCCAAACCACCUCCCGACGUUGAUCGUCACCCCGCAUGGCCAACCCAGUCAGAUCCUGUACACCUACCUGCACACGGAGGAGAACAAGGUCAACUACCUCCUUACGCCGUCCCCGCAGGGUGACCUGUGCGUGGCCAAGCUCUUCCCGCCAUCGCGUCAAGGUGCCACUUCGAGCUCGUCGCUGCCGACGAUGCAGGCCAACAAGCACAAUGUUGUGCGCUGUGAAGCCUCGCGCGACCUCAAGUGGACGAUUGAGAACACUGGUGUCAUGUCGCCGACAUACAAGAUUGUCAACCAGGACGACACUCCCCUUUACCAGAUCUCAAAGCCCAACCCGCACGCAGACUGGUGGACCAUGUUCUACUUCAAGUACGCCGGCCACCAGAUUCCCCCUCGUCGUAUCGAGUUUGGCAAGAUUGCCAAGAACCCUCCCGAGAAGGGCGGUGGAACGCGCAUCACCGUGACGGGCAGGAACGAAGACGAGAAGCAGGUGUGGCAGACACUCGGUGUGGGCAACGAGGACUGUGUUGAAUGGGUCAUCGUCUGCGCGUGCUUGAAUCUUCUUGACGACCAGAUCCUCCAGGCUGCUGAGCGUAAGCAGACUGGCGCUGGCCCUGCGUCGACGGCCCCAUCGCGCAGCCCCGUUGCUGCGUCAGGCCCGAUGCGCGGCCCCGCAUCCACGGCCCCUCCUCCGAGAAGCCCUGCUGCUACGAGACCUGUCAGACCGCAGGUACGCCCUCCAAACGGAUCCUACCCAGGACCCAGAUCGGCUGGCGGACACAUGGGACCAGGGAUCGCCUCUACUGGUCCGGGGAUUGCCUCAACUGGCCCAGGGAUUGCGUCCACCGGCCGCGGCAUCGCGUCGACUGGCCCAGGCAUCGCGUCGACCGGUCCUCCUGGCGGAUAUCACCACGGCUCGCCUCCUCAGCAGCGUUUACCUCCAAAUGGAAUGCCGCCAAAUGGUAUGCCCCCGCAGGGCCGCGCGCCCAUGCCACCACAGGGCUACGACCCGCGCAUGCAAGGCAGCCCGCGCGGCAGCCCCGUGAUGCAGCGGCCUCCCCCUCAGACUGCUGGCCGGCGGUUCUAACCCCGCCACUACGGACGUUAUGAAGGCGCAUGGUGUGAAGAUGGAACAGAAGUUGCGUGGAUGGAAAUUGUCGAGUGAGCAGCAGCAGCUAGCUCCUUGGCCCCCGCGCAGGCUCCCUGGUGGACCACACAGCCUCGCCCCGACUCUUUUUUUGCAUUUUGGACUGUCUACUGGGCUCUAUAGCGAUAUACCCUACAUAUAUACCGGCGAUGCACGGUGUAGGUAGCCGAGGCCGAGUCCGAGCCGCGGGCGAGGGGCGAUGGCGGGCUGCGGGCAAGGCCGUGCGGCUCUGCGCUGGAGGCGUGCCGAGCGUUGUGCACGCUCUACGCUCAUGGGGUGUCCGAGGACCAACUUAUUCGUCCCAAACCCACUAGGUGGCGUUCAUGACUGCCCCCGCAAAGUCGUCUCCGACUCCCCACUCGUCCAUGAGCUUCUUGACCUCGCUCAUGUCCCCGCGGUGGUUGUACGUCCCGUGGUGGGUAAUGAGGUGCGUAAUGUCCGUCAUGGUGGAGAACUUGCGCUCCGCGUCGGUGAUGGGGCGGCGGAGGCGUUCUGUCACCUGCUUCUGAUAGCUCGGGAUGUCGCCCCAGCUCUCGCUCUUGAUAGCAGCCAUGUAUCUGUCCACCGCGCGGCCCCCGCCCUCGAGACACAGCAGCGCCGGCUUGCCAGAGAGGACGAACCCCUUGAGG